UGGACCGUCAAAACAUAAACAGAGCAGAAGACAACCUUGUGUGAACGCAGCUAGCUCGUAUUGUUGUCAGACUUUUUCCUAAGCAACAAACAUAGCUUAAUGCAUGCCCUCCUAAUGUGGUGUGUUUGCUGUGAGGAAACUCCCAGCCAAGGCACUUAGCUGGUUUACCGAGCAGAGAGGUGGAGGAAUCAAAUCUGCAAUAAAGAUUAGGACUAAACUAAGAAGUGCGCCUCGUCGGGCCUCCGAGUAGAGUUUCUGCCUAAGGACGACGCAGGACAUUAAAACGAAAAUAAAAAAAUGGCUGAAGCUGAUGGAAAAUCCCCUAUGCUCAACGGUGGAUCAGAUGAAAACCAGUCUGCAGAAGAUCAGCUCAAAGAGGAGGAUGCCUCUGGAAGUAAAGAUGGCCAGUCACAGUCUUCCUCUGAAGAUGCUCCCAAAGAAAUAGCUGAGGUUUCUGGAGACAAAGCCAUGCCAGAGGCAGAAGGAGAGACGGGUGGAAACAAAGAAGGAGAGGAGGAAGAAGAUACAGACAGCAUGGAUGGGAGCGGACUGUUUUCUUUGACAGAGGAUGGAGAGAGGGAGAGUGAGGGAGGCAGGCGAGAAAGGGCCAAAGACAAGGACAGAGUGAAAAGAGCAGCUAGAAAGAGAAUCAGACCCGGAGGUGGUACUAAUCACUCUUCCAGCUCAGAUGAUGACGACGAUGAUGAUGAGCAAAAGGAGGAAGAGGAGGAUGACGAUGAUGACGAGGAGGAGGAUGACGAAGCUAUGGAGUCAUGGCUGGGAGCAGAGCUCCAUGACCUCCGUGGCCCCAUAUGGCAGGCGGUGCCCUCUCUUCGCUCUAGAGAGAUCGGCAAGAACUCGCACCAGUUUGUCCGCCGUGUGUGUGGAGCCCGGGGCCUGGUGCAGCGGCUGGAGCUCCAGGGACGCCUGGAGAGGCACACUGGCUGCGUCAACACAUUGCACUUCAACCCAUCUGGUACGCGCCUGGCAUCAGGCAGCGAUGACCUACGAGUGGUGAUCUGGGACUGGGCCGUCCGCCGAGCAGAGCUGGAAUUUGACAGUGGACACAAGAGUAAUGUCUUCCAGGCAAAGUUCCUGCCCCACAGCGGCGACUCCACCUUGGCCAUGUGCGCUCGUGACGGACAGAUCAGAGUUGCGGAGCUCUCCGCCACGCAGCGCUGCAAGAACACAAAGCGGGUAGCACAGCAUAAAGGAGCAGCACAUAAGCUGGCGCUAGAGCCAGACUCGCCUUGUUCAUUUCUGUCAGCUGGAGAGGACGCCGUGGUGUAUGGUAUCGACCUGCGUCUAGACCGUCCUGCCAAUAAACUUGUGGUGGUAAAGGAGGGCGAUAAGAAAGUGGGGCUGUAUACCAUCUUUGUCAACCCAGCAAAGACCCAUCAGUUUGCUGUUGGUGGCAGAGAUCAAUAUGUAAGAAUCUACGACCAGAGGAAAAUCAAUGAAAAUGAAAACAAUGGCGUUCUGAAAAAGUUUUGUCCUUCACACCUGGUAUCCAGCGAGUCUAAAACCAACAUAACUUGUCUUGUGUACAGCCACGAUGGAACAGAACUCCUGGCAAGUUACAACGAUGAAGAUAUCUACCUGUUUGACUCAAACCACAGCGACGGGGCAGACUACCGCAGGAGAUAUAAGGGACACCGCAACAACGCCACAGUUAAAGGCGUGAACUUCUACGGGCCCUGCAGUGAGUUUGUGGUCAGCGGCAGUGACUGCGGUCAUAUUUACCUGUGGGACAAACAUUCUGCUCGGAUCGUCCAGUUUAUGGAGGGAGAUCGAGGAGGAGUGGUAAAUUGUCUGGAGCCACACCCUCACCUGCCAGGAAUGGCCACCAGUGGGUUGGACCAUGAUAUCAAACUUUGGGCUCCUACAGCUGAGAACCCCACUGCACUCAAGGGCCUGAAAGAGGUAAUGAAGAAAAACAAGCGGGAGCGUGAUGAAGACAGCGUGCGUCAUGGCGACCAGUAUGACACCCAGCUGCUGUGGUUCCUGAUGAGACACAUGAGAAACAGACGACCUGCUAGGGCUCGCCGUGAAGGAGCAGACGCAGACACAGACGAGUCCUGGAGCUCCCCAGAUUCCUCAGAGGAAGAGGACGGAGGUCCCGACCACGUCCAGUGCAUGUCGUCCUGAGCCCCAGACGAACAGACAUACACGCACAUACAUAUGCAGAUAUUUACACAACGUAUUGCCCUUGAAUUGAUGCACAUAGGCAAGCACUAUUGACACACAGGCAGAAGCCAUAGACGCAUACAAACACCAUCGAGCAGAUACAUUUCUUUAAAGAUACUACACUGUUGAAGCAGAGUGGCAGAGAUGCUAAGCCCCAGGUUUACCCAGCAGGGACAAGUUUGUAAACGCCGCCUGUAGACUGCGACACUUCCAGAAUUUGUUUUCAUUUUUUCUCUGUUAGAAUUUGUGCACAGAGGGUUUAGUGAGUGUUUACAACCUUACAAACCACUCGGAGUCCCAGUUUGUUCCACGUGUUUUCGACAUGGACUCUAAAAGUUGCUUUGCUAGAAGUACUGAACACUUUUAGCAGGUGAUUGUAGUGAGCUUUACAUCACCAGCAGACCCAAACCCCCAAUCUGGGUUUCAGACUUCCAAAGAAAGACUCAACAGAAGGGAAGGCUGAAGGCUUAUACCCUCAAACCAUCCCCUAAAUGUGACUCCCUUUAAAGAUUUAAAGUAGAUUAGGGUAAGUUCUGCUUUUUCCCAGUUACGUGAUUGCUUUAGAGCAUCUUUAAAUCCUUUUCAUUUUACACAUCGCCGUCUUGAUGCUCUCAUUUUCUUCUUGUCACUCCUGGUUGCAGUUAGAAUCAGGGGCGAUUUAGGUUGGACUUUGACAAAAUGUGCACUGUGUGUGAUGAUGGGGGACAGGCUAUUUUAAUGGGAAACGCAAAAGUGGAGUUUAGGGUUUGUUUUUGUCCCUUUCAAGAGAGGAUAUUUUGCACUUGAGCAUUUCUUAAUGAAAAAGAGGAGAGGUAGUUUCCUUCACUUCUACCGGCCUUUCCUCAGCUUCUUUCUUCCUCCUUCUCUCCAAACAGGAACUCGUCUUUUAGACUCACCUCUGGGUCAUCAGGAUAAAUAGGAGGUGUAUAUUUGCGUCUUUUUCUAUUUUGAAGUACCAAACCCAACCUUGAUCAAUUAGUUUACUGCCUGUGAGCUAAAAAAAAA